AUGUCCAAAAUUCCUGAAAAAGAGGUGCGUUAUUGUCCGCCAAAGCAACGUUGCAUUCAGGUGCCCGUCCACUACAUCCCACCCUGCGGCUGUCCCCCUCGAGUCACCGGUCAGUUGUACAUCUCAGUCCCGAACAUUAUCCCCAACUGCCCGCCGCCAUGUUGUCCUAAUUUGCCUCCGCCGGAGAUCAAGUUUGAGGAGUGUUGCUGCAACCUGCCUAAACCGACAACUAUAAUACCGUACUGUAACUGUAGCAACUGUUGCAAGCAAUGUUGCAGUCGCCAGGACUGUAUCUGCAACAAAUAA